AUUUGCACAUUUUUAUAUGCGUUGUUGUUUGUGCUUCUUCGGGGAAGAGUGAGAAGACGUGUUAAAUGCCCGUUUAAGUUGUUGUCUUGAAAUCAAUUUCAAGUCCUUGUUCUAGAUGUCGCUGUUGACCACAUUUGAAAACCCUCCGAAGCGCUCGAGCGUCCACGUGACAAGAAAAGAGGCUGCAUCUCAAGGCCAUUUUCAAAUUUCAUUGGUGUGGUUGUCAUGUGGUAGCUGAGAGGCAUCCUGAGCUACACGGGAUUGUUUUGCUAGAUAUGUCAGCCUAUAGAGGACAUCUCUCUCUUCUUUAACACAUUUCCAAAAUGUCCUUUCCCAACAGCUCUCCCGCUGCCAAUACUUUUUUAGUUGACUCUUUGAUCAAUGCUUGCAGGACCGAUAGCCUUUACUCCAGCAGCAACAUGUACAUGCCAUCCAGUACAGAAAUGGGAACUUAUGGGAUGCAGACCUGUGGACUUCUGCCGUCUCUUGGUAAAAGGGGAGAACUUAGCCACCAAAACAUGGGCAUGAAUGCCCAUUCGUAUAUACCUCAAAUUGACAAUUGGGCAGAUCCGGACAGACCGUGCAGAAUAGAGCACACUUCCAUCCAGAUGUCCUCUUGUACUUUUUCACAAAGCAUUAAAGAAGAAAGUAAUUGCUGUAUGUACUCCGACAAAAGAGCAAAGGUCAACUCGUCCGAAAUCCCCACGUAUUCUAACCUUGUUCCUGAACCUUGUUCUGUCGAUGGUUCCGAAAUCCCGGUUCCGGGCUAUUUCAGACUGAGCCAGACCUAUGCAUCUGGGAAAAACCAAGACUUUAAUCACGAAACGAGCCCGAACACCAUCCUGCAACUAAACAGAGUUAUUCCAAAAUCGCAGCUGUCUUCGGUUCCCGAGGCGGAGAAGAAAAUAAUAGAAAUUCCGAGUAACCGAGACGCGAUCAAGACACCUACACCGGCGGGAAGCCCGGAUCCAAACGUGAGUGUGCAAGAGGAGAAAAAUUCCUUCUCUGAAGUGUCAGCUUCAAGCCCCGAAUUGGCACAGACGGAAGCGAAAGAAUGUAAAAACGACCCCCCAACAAGCAACUGGUUAACUGCAAAAAGUGGAAGAAAAAAGAGAUGUCCUUACACAAAGCACCAGACCCUGGAAUUAGAAAAGGAAUUUUUAUUUAAUAUGUACCUGACUCGAGAGCGCCGUCUAGAGAUCAGUAAAAGUGUCAACCUUACCGACAGACAAGUCAAGAUUUGGUUUCAGAACCGCAGGAUGAAGCUGAAAAAGAUGAGCAGAGAGAAUCGAAUUCGAGAACUUACCUCAAAUCUUACGUUUUCGUGAGCGUCUGCCCAGUGCAUUUCCGCUCUUUCCACUGUUUACCUUUUCUCAUGUGAACUAUUUGCUGGGGUCAAUUAGCCAUAUUUUAUGUUCCACGUUCAGAUACUGUGACUUGUAUUUGCUACUUCGUGUUUAGUUAUUACUUUUUUGGUCGUAUAUACAAGUGACGCGUUGUGUACUUUAAAUAUGUUUCACAGGGUAACUGUCUUACAUACGUCUUAAAUUAUUAAAAAUUUCAGAUUCCCACUACGGGAGUGUUUGUUAUUGUUCAUGACAAAGGCAUCUUCGUACUAGACACUUGCUGAUUGAAAUUAGUUGAAGAUUAUUAUAACACUGAAUAUGAAAGCACAUUUAUUGCUGGCAAUUAUCAUGGGAAAUAUUCGUUGAUAAGAGUAGCCUAUAAUGUUUCAAUUUUAUCCAGUCGAAGUUGCAAGUUGCUGUAUAGUAUCUGUGCUAAAUAUCGUUAAUAUAUGGGUGUAACUUCAAUGCAUGUUUUGUGGCAUGUACCCUGCAAUAAAUUAAAGUCUGUCUACAUGCUGA